AUGUCAUCAUCCGCACAAUGGGAGUACGGAAUCACGCUGCUCCCGCCAUCGUCGAUGUACAGAGUCGAUGUUGAUGCUGCAAAUGUCAGCCGACGUACCAUGGUUCUGGCGGCUGCGGGCCGAGACAUCCCGGCCCACGGAGGGGCCACGUCGACGACAGUGCUGACCGUGAUCGGCAAAUGGAUGGAGACUGAAGCUUAUGUGAUUGAUCACGGGCCCACAGCUACGCCCGCGGUGACAAUCUAUGUGGUUCAAGAUAGUGGCCAGGAGUGGACGUCGUUGGCCCAGUUCACCCGCGAAGUGGCACCGAUCAACAGGUGGCUGGCUGGAUGCGAGUUUCAGCUCGGAUAG